AUGCCUACAAUGUGGCUUUCAGAUUCCCAGAAGAUUGGGGUUGCCUUUUGCUCCGGCGGUAGGUUGGCCAUGGGAAACGUACGCUCUAUCACAACCGCAUUUCCUGACUCGGAACUCACCAAUAUACACAGNAUCCUCUUCCUGGCUGGCAUAACCCUACUUCUCGGAGUCCAACGAACAUUCCUCUUCUUCGCGCGUCGCCAAAAGAUUAAAGGCACAGCAGCCUUUGUCGCAGGCAUCAUCCUCAUCCUCCUUCGCUGGCCAUUGAUCGGUUUCCUCGUCGAGAUUUACGGCAUCUUCAUACUGUUCGGCGAGUUCUUCAAGACGAUAGCUGGAUUCGCGUACAACAUCCCAGUAGUGGGACCAUACCUUGCGAGGGGUCUGCAAAAGGCAGGCGAGAAGGCUGGAGAGGGCAAUAAGAAUAAGGAUCUGCCUGUCUAG